AUGGAUCCCAGCACCAAUAAGAUCUAUCAUGUACACGGUUAUGAUUCCAGACAACACUUGGACCAUUAUUUUUCGGAUAAACCUGAAAUGGUUUUUGCAGAGGAUUCAUUGAUUUUUCCCAUUGAAAAUCUUACAAAAACCUUUACAGAGGGUCACAUCAAAGGAGAUGUCCUGAUAGACCUCAGCUCUGGUUCCCUGGUUCAUCAUCUGUAUUCGGCCUGUGAGUUUUUCAGACACAUCAUAGUCCUGAAGGUCAGUGACAGAUGCAUCAUGGAGCUGAAGAGAUGGCUGGACACACGGACAGGAGCAUUUAAUUGGGGACAUGCGACAAAACUUCAUUUAGAGAAAGAAGAUAAAAGUGACCAAUUACAGGAAACAGAAGGAAAAGUUAGAUCGGCCGUUCAACAUGUUAUGAAAUGUGACUUUGAGAAAGAAAAUAUGACGGAUCCGAUAGUCUUACCACCAGCAGAUUGUAUCAUCAGCGCUUGGCUCCUAGAUGUUAUCUGCAAAGACCAAGAUGAUUAUAUAAGAUAUCUGAGGAAGUUCUCCAAGCUGCUGAAACCUGGAGGACACCUCAUAAUAAUUGGGUGUUUAGAUACAACAUAUUACACAGUCGGGAAAGACAGGCUCCAUUAUCUCACAUAUGAUGAGGAUUUGGCCAGGAAAGCUCUAGUUGGAGAAGGAUUUGUUAUAGACGGCUGUAAGGUUAAGAAGAGAACGGCUGUGAGUGACCUUGUUGAUUAUAAGUCUCUCAUAUUCAUUACAGCUCACAAGGAGAAGUAG